AUGAGCGAGGAGUCACUCUCCGACCAUAGGUUUAUUUGUUUCAGUGUUGAGAAGUGUAGAGAAACGCGGGGGAGUUUAUGUCCUCCGCAAUUGCCCCGGUGGGCAUUGAAGAAGCUGGAUCCAGCUAAAUUGGAUACAAUGACGGCUUUUGCACAAUGGGGGAGUUUCACCCCCAGUGCUUCAUCGUCGGCAGACGAUCAAAUAGACGAAUUAGUGGACCAGGUAACAAACAUAUGCGAUGUAGUGAUGCCAAGGGUCCAUGAGGGCCUAGUCAGGAGAUCAGUAUAUUGGUGGAAUAAUGAUAUUUCGGAGGCACGGGCCCAAACAAACGCGGCUCGACGUCGUUAUACACGCGCACGAAAACGUACGGACGCGACAUUGAUAGAGAAUCUUCGAUUAGAAUAUACGGAGGCGCGGGCACGAUAUAAACGCCUAAUUGUGUUAGCGCAGCGGGAAGCGUGGUCGGCCCUUUUGGCCCAGAUAGAUGGGGACCCUUGGGGUCGCCUUUACAAGGUUGUUUUGAAGAAACUUCGUCCGGGAGGUGUCGACCCGUUGGCUACUUUGCCUCGCCCGCAGGUCCAGGAAAUCGUGACGACACUAUUUCCGCCGUGUAUAUUUUCACCUUUGGCUCAUGUGGCCACUAGACCGAUACCAUUGCAGAUUUCAUGGCUUCGUGACGACGAUCCGUUCGACAUCACACCGUCGGAACUGGCGCGGGUUAUACCGCGAGUAGGCUCGAAGGCGAUGGCCCCGGGCCCCGAUGGGAUUCCCGGUCGUAUUUGA